AUGCGACCUCGCAAGCCCGAAGUCCCGGCCAUCAAGUCCUUCACCCAGGCUGACGCCACUGGGCCUCAGCACGCCUUCUUUGAGCAGCUCAUUGACCAUGACCACCCUGAGCUGGGCACCUUUCAGCAGAGAUACGCGUGGAACGGAGAGUUCUACAAGCCUGGAGGCCCCGUUAUUCUGAUGGGACCUAAUGAGAGCGCUCUGGAUGGCUACGAGAGAUACACGACCAACGUGACUCUUCCUGGCGUCGCUGCUCAGGAACUCGGUGCCGGUGCCUUGAUCAUUGAGCACCGCUACUGGGGACAGAGCUCGCCUUACGACAUCCUCUCCACUGAGAACAUGCAGUACCUCACUCUGGAGCAGUCGGUCAAGGAUCUCGUCUACUUUGCCGAAAACGUCGUCCUUCCUUUCGACCUGAACCGAACCAGCACCCCCGAGAAGGCUCCCUGGGUCCUCGUCGGCUGCUCUUACAGCGGUGCCCUCACGGCCUGGGUGCAGGAUCUCGCUCCUGGAACCUUUUGGGCGUACUCGUGCUCCAGCCCCGUCGUCGAGGCCGUCGGCGAGCUGUGGCGGUACUUUGAACAGGUGAAGCUGGCGAUGCCCAAGAACUGCUCUUCGGACUAUGCCCAGGUUAUCCAGCACGUGGACCAGGUGCUUCAGGGACACAGCGAGAAGGCCAAGCAUGACUUGAAGACUCAGUUUGGCUUGGCUGAUCUCGAGGAUGCUGAUUUCGGUGCUGCUUUGAACAAUGGAUUGUAUACUUGGCAGAGCGUGCUGUUCUCGGAUGCCGUCAACCCGCUGCUUGAGAUGUGCGACUAUGUCGAGAACCAAUGGCCUGGCAGCACUGGCCCUGUUCCCGGAGCCAAGGGAGUUGGUCUGACCAAGGCUUUGGCUGGAUACUCCAAGUGGUUCACCACCCAGAGCUUGCCUGGAUCUUGUGCCGGUUAUGGAUACUGGUCCAACCCCAACGACACGUCUUGCUACAACACGUACAACGCAUCGAGCCCCCUGUUCACUGAUCUCACUGUUGGGAACAGCGCCAACCGUCAAUGGAACUGGUUCCUCUGCAACGAGCCCUUCAAGUGGUGGCAGGUCCGCGGCCAGGGCAACCUCGUCUCCCGCACUGUCAACGAGCCCUACUUCGAGCGCCAAUGCGAGCUCUUCUUCCCCCGCGAGGGCAAAUACACCUACGGCAUCGCAAAGGGCGCCACCACCGACAAGGUCAACCACGUCACCGGCGGCUGGUUCAACGUCAACACCCACCGUCUGCAGUGGACCGCCGGAGAGUUUGAUCCCUGGAGGCCUGCUACCGUCAUGGCUACGAACCGGCCUGGCGGCCCGCUGCCUUCGACGGCCCAGCAUCCCGUGCACAUCGUUCCUGGAGCGGCGCACUGUGGAGAUUUGUUGGUGAGGAACGCGAAUGCGAAUGAGGGUGUGAAGAAGGUGUUUGAUGCUGAGGUUGCGAACAUUGUGGCGUGGGCGAAGGAGUUUUAUACGGAGAAGGGCAAGCCGCAUUAUUAA